AUGGGCAUCGCAAGCAAGGCAAUGCAGUUUGCCGGGUGCUUGGCCCUCAUGUUCGGAUUGUCCGCGGAGGGCCUGCGACCAUCCGUGGACCCCUUUAAUGCCGAAUGCUGCUGCACAAAGUUUGAGUUCACGUCUUCCGCCGAGGAGGUGGAGCAGCAGAAGUUGCAGUGCCAACAGUAUAAGCACGAACGGUCGGACCGGCCUUUCUGGUAUCACGGGCAAUGGGGGGCCAAGCAGCCCCGGUGUUGCUGGACGACUCGGUGGCUGUGCAAUGACUUUGGAGGCUUCUCGGUCGGCUCGGUCGCGGAUUACUUCAGCUACGCGCAAUGGUGCCCACGUGCCUCCAAAAACGGAACGGUCUUCUGA